AAGCCCAGUGUCCGGUCUCAACGAGAGUCAGGCGGUCGUGGUUUGAGGCGCGUCGCUCCAUGCGCGAUAGUGUUCGAUACUACAAGUGUUACAGUGACAUGGACAGUGUAGUGUCGCUGUGUUUGUGAGGAACAGCGCAAAAAGCAUUCAUGAUUCAGGAAUCACAGUCGAGUAGUGCGGAAAGAUGGAGCGGUCACGGAUCAGAGCACAGCAUGGCUUUACAGCAGAUCCUCAAACUGCAGGAAGCGAGAGCUCUUCACAAGACCUCUCUCUUACCCAUCUACAAAAAGAACGACCUGCCUUCUCCAUCGGGGCAAGAAGACUUCGAGAAGAUGAAAGAAAAGAAAACAGAGCUAUUUGAUGCAAGAGCGAUAGAACAAGCAAAAUUGGAGGCAGAAUUCAGAAGACUAAUGGAGCAGUCUGGCAAAGACAUCCGUAAUGACGAGUCUCUUCAAUAUUUACAACACAUGAUGGAAGCUAAACAUCACUAUUCAUAUCUGAAAAGAUUGCAAGAGAAGGAAAGGAGGGAGAGUUCUUUAGAAAAUACAGUAGAAGUAAAGAAAGAAGCUAUGUCUCCUAAUCAUACGCGGUCGUCACCAGUUCACAACCGAUCACCUCAUCGCAGACAGUCUCCAGUGGAGGUGUCACCAAAUAACAGCAUUCGCUUAUCUACCUCAUCAAGCCCACUUUCAACCACUAGUCCCGUUAACUCAUCUCCUUUAAGUCACUUGCAAAAUAUGCAACCCUUCGAUUUCCGUAAACACAAAAAUGUCAACGAAAAGGAUGAAGGAAGGAAACCGUAUGAUGCAAGCUCAGCGGAAAAAGCUAUCGACUUAAUGAGGAGUCAGUUUUUUAAUUUCCCACUGCACGCAAAUCUUCCUUUGCCUCCCAUCUCCAUGCCAUCAACAUUCAGCCAUCCAGCAGCUAUGGUGGCAGCUCUUAGUCAAAACCCUAUGGGACUAGCAUCACUGCAAGCGCUUUUACCACAAAUGUCAGGAAAGUCAGUUGAUAUUCCUGAGAAUAAGUCAAAUAAUUCCUCGAAAGAAAGAUUGGAAGAAUCAAGAGCUGAAGACGAAAAUGUACUUAAUUUAAGUAAAGAUGCUUAUGUGGAUGCACCUCAUAACACUAGAAAUAUUUUAUUAGGUAAAUGUAUAAGCCCACCUAAAAGACAAUGGGGAGCUACGCAAAUGCCUUUGAACUUGGGAACACAUUUCAUAAACCCAGCAACUGGUAAGAAGAGAGUCCAGUGCAACGUAUGCUUAAAAACAUUUUGUGACAAAGGAGCCUUAAAAAUACAUUUCUCAGCUGUUCAUCUCCGUGAAAUGCAUAAAUGCACGGUCGAAGGCUGCAGUAUGAUGUUUAGCUCUAGACGAUCAAGAAACCGGCACAGUGCAAACCCAAAUCCGAAACUGCACUCUCCCCACCUAAGGAGAAAAAUUUCACCUCAUGACGGUAGAAGCGCUCAGACUCAUCCAGUCCUCAUAUCGCCUCAUGGGGCUGGAUUGAAUAUACCUCCAGUGAUGAAUCCUAUGCAUCCCUUUGGAUCAUACCCUCUCUUAAACCCUCCGCAUAAUUUGAGGCAAUUCUCACCGAACAUGCCCUUGGAUUACAAAAACAAUGUUAACAUGAAUUUUCCACCGCCAUUCGACCAAAAUCAACCAUUGCGUCGAGAAUCAGAUUCUACAGAAAACAAAGAUCAUGAUGGUCAAAUGGAAUCGGACGAAGAUGACGGCAUUGUGGUCGUAGCAGGAGAUGACGAUGACGAUGAUGUUGACCACAUAGAUACCAGUGAUUACUAUUCCAACCUAAACAAGUCAACGGGUUCAGUAGAUGGUUCGGAGACAGAUUAUGAUCAGAGGAGCAUCAGUGACAACAACGAAACGAUAGAUAAUACUAAAGAUAGUAGUCCUGAAGUCGUAAAGCGAAAACGCAAGAACUUAAACCCGGUCAGAUUACAAAACAGUCAGGUAUCUGAAAAUGGAUCUGUAAGCCAAAAGCGAGAUCGUGAUUCUGAUAGCGAAAAAAGUUUAGUCGAUCUUAAAAGGGUAAAAACAGAAGAUUAUCAAACUAAUUGCAACUACCAACAACCGCAAAAUGUUGAACCUGUUAAAAUAAAACAAGAAGCGGUUACAAUUAAGGAGGAACCUACGGAGGUUUCAAUCAACCCUCAAGACCUUCGGAUUAAAGAGGAACCUACAGAAAAAACUGACACUUUCAAAUCUAGCACUCCAAAUGAUGGACAGUUCUCCUCCGAAAAUGCUUUAAAACGACUAGAAAGUUUAUCGAAAGGAGAAUUUCCUAAUAUCGCGAAGAAAAAUGAUAAUCAUUUGGGUCCUUACAAUUUAACUAUGAACGACUCAAUAGAUUAUUGCGACAGAUCUCCUUCUUCAUCAGUAUCAAGUUAUGACUGCCCCAUUGAAGACACUCAGGGCCAAAUCUACGGCCAUUUUGACAACGGCUUCUUUAUUAGUACUACCGAUGUACCCGUCGACCAUGAGAAUCCAAGAAAAUGUACCGUUUGCGGUAAAAUGUUCCAGAAUGUUUACAUGCUUAAAAUUCAUUACCAGAACUCGCAUUUGAAACUCAUGUACAAAUGUACUUAUGAGGGAUGUAAAGCAGCAUACUCUUCUAGAAGAAGCAGAGACCGGCACAGCGGGAACGUAACGCUACACAGAAAACUAUCGUCGGAAGACCUUCGAGUCACUGAAGAAACUUCCACACUGUUAGAAAGGGUUCGAGAUCAGAUGGACCUCAUCGCAACCUUUAAUGAAGAAGAGCGUGCUGUCCCGUACGUGGAAUCACAUAUUUACUACAGAGCGAAAGAGACAGAGAAGAUCAAGAGUCCGAUGGCUCAGAUACCAUUCACUCCGUACCCACCCCUUCAAUUACCUGAGUAUUUGAACAGUCGAGACAUGUUUGCGCAGCAUCCUUUCCUCUUCACUCCUUUCGGUAUGUUACCUAACUUCCCGCCAAUACCUUUAGGUUUCCUCCCACCAAGUCUUAACGCAUUUGGUUGCCAUGCGCAAAACUAUUCCCCACCUCUACCACGGAAGCUGAAUUACCUGAUCGAAGACGAAGCGCCGCGACCAAACAAAGAUGGCACGUACCCGUGUCGGGGCUGCAGGGAGUACUUCAAGGAUCUGGCAAGCCUGAAGCAUCAUUGUGAGACCGCCCAUUCGCAAUCAUUGCACAGGUGCUCAGUGAGCGGUUGCAAUGCUGCCUUCUUCUCCAGAACAAAACGGAACAUUCAUUACGAAUCUCAUGUCACGCAACGGCAAAACGGUAGGAGGAUCCACGUGAACCCAUCGUGACGCCAUUGAAAAUAGAAUCAUAUCGACUGGUGAAUAACGUUGUGUCUCCAGAGCAUUUGUGAUGUCGCUUAGUAUAACCAAAUAGUACUAGUUAAGCUAGAUAUGUAAUUGCCGGUACCUAAUAAUUCUCAAAUCCAUUCUUCGUGGAAUGAAGCGUGGUAUUGAAGUGAAUAUGGGCGGCUCAGCCGGUGUCACCUAAUUUGUGUUGUUAGUAAUUUGUAUAAAAAUUUAAUUUGCAUGGAGCUGCUAUUUAAAUUUUAAUAAAAUUGUAUUAGAAAUCUCAACAUUCCAUAGUAAUAAAUUGUGCAAUAAAUGUGUAAAUAAAUAAUAGAUAUAAUGUACAAAUUUUACUUAAAUUAGGAUGUAAGAAAAAAAAUUAAAAAUGUUUUGAUUAUAACUCAAGGGAUAUGCAUUUGAUUUUGUAAAUUUGGAUAAUAGAAAUCAUUAUAAUAAAAUGCUUAUUCAAAGUAAAAUAAUGUAAUUAAAUGAAUCGAUCUGUUUUAUUAUUAGAAUACACCUUGAAUUAUAUCGUAGUUCUCCAUCAUAUCUAAUGUUUUGGUGCUAACCUAUGUCAAAAUUAUUCCUGUACAUUUUCUGAUACCGCAUUAUCAACCUGUGAAAUAUUAGUUGUAUUUAAUUAUUAAGUACCAAAAAGUAUUAAAAUUAUAAUUAUAAGAUUGUAUUAUAGCGACGAAAAUAUUAUACUUCCUUUUGCCAAACGAUAAUAAAGUAAUAAAAUGUUUUG